GAUGGCGGUCGCGCGGGUGCCACCCCUCAGGGCCGCGGCGGGGCCGGGCCGGGCCGCGGCGGGGCCUGGCGGCGGCGGCGGCGGCAGCAGCGACGGGGAGGGAGCUGAGCGCGGGCGGCGCGGCUGCGGGCGGCGCCCCCCCCCCGGGGCAAUAUGUUCAAGAGAAUGGCUGAGUUCGGGCCUGACUCCGGGGGCAGGGUGAAGGGCGUUACCAUUGUGAAGCCGAUCGUGUAUGGGAACGUCGCUCGGUAUUUCGGGAAGAAGAGGGAAGAGGACGGUCACACGCACCAGUGGACGGUUUACGUCAAGCCCUACAGAAACGAGGAUAUGUCUGCCUAUGUGAAAAAAAUUCAAUUCAAGCUGCAUGAAAGCUAUGGAAAUCCUUUAAGAGUUGUUACCAAACCACCAUACGAAAUCACCGAAACAGGCUGGGGUGAAUUUGAAAUAAUCAUUAAGAUAUUUUUUAUUGAUCCAAAUGAAAGACCUGUCACCUUGUAUCACUUGCUGAAGCUUUUUCAGUCUGAUACCAAUGCCAUCCUGGGAAAGAAAACUGUAGUAUCUGAAUUCUAUGAUGAAAUGAUAUUUCAAGAUCCUACUGCAAUGAUGCAGCAGCUGUUAACGACGUCUCGUCAGCUAACGCUAGGUGCUUAUAAGCAUGAAACAGAGUUUGCAGAUCUUGAAGUGAAAACUAGGGAAAAACUGGAAGCUGCCAAAAAGAAAACUAGUUUUGAAAUUGCUGAGCUUAAAGAAAGACUAAAAGCAAGUCGUGAAACCAUCAACUGUUUAAAAAAUGAAAUCAGAAAACUUGAAGAAGAUGAUCAGUCUAAAGAUAUGUGACGAGUGUUGACUUGAUAAGAGCCUGUACUGAAAACGGAAGGACCUCAAUUGUGGAAUUGUAUGUGUUCUCCUCAAUUCUGUAACAGACUGUGUGAAUUUCACUUGCAAAUGAUUGAAGUACGUGGCAACCGACUUCAUAAAUGGCAGAAAAAAGAAAGGAUGUAUCCUUGCAUUAUAGUUAAAAUCUGUGGGUACUUAAUGACUUAUUUCAAAUAGAGGGGUCUUAGAGACCAGACUACUUUUUUUUUUUUUUUUUAAUUGCUUUCAAGUGGUAUAUAAAAACUUUGUAUUAAGUCUUGUAUUACUUCAAUGUGCUUUUACAAAAUGCCGGUGUUUACUUUUUUUACUUGCUUUUUCUACUGACUGUUUAGAGAUGCAUCUUUAAAGCUGAAAAUAAAAUAUGCGGUUUUUUAUUUUAA